AUGUUCCUUAACUUCAACCACUGGGCAAUCCAGUCGGUCUGCAUUAGGGUCAGAAAAGCAUCUGGAGACCCAACUAAUGUAAGUUCUACACUACCCAAGAGCAUAAAUGGAGUCACAGGGACGUUUGUUGCUGGGUCACUUGGCAUAGGCGAACACUGCAUGGCAAGUCAGUCAGGAGAAACAUUCAAGCCCGUAAUUCUGGGAAUAUCUGUUUUCGCAACUACUUCAGCAGCAACAUUUUCCCGGUUCAUGCCAUCAGUAAAAGCACAAUUUAAUUAUGGUGCCAUGAUGUUCAUACUCACCUUCAGCUUGGUUUUGCUGUCUGGUUAUCGCGUCGACAAACUCUUUGAAGUGGCAAAUCAGAGAUUAUCGACAAGAGUUAUCGGGACAUCAUUGUGCAUUCUCGUUGGUGUGCCCAUCUCUCCCAUAAGGCCAGUGAUGAACUUCACUGGCUCAUCCAUAGAAACAUGGAGAAGCUCGCUGAAUCUCUCGAAGAGUACUUUUAGGACAAUCAGAGCGUGCUUCCGAGCGAACAGAGACAAUUCCAAGAAAACACAAGCAUGUCAGUGGGUUUUAAACUCAAAGGCCUCUGAGGAAUCUACGCAUCCCUGGAAAGAGUACCUCAAGAUAGGAGCUCUCCUGCACAACCGUGCUUGCUUUAUUGAGGCUCUCAAUGAAAUUGCGGCAAGAAUUGAAGAUAUUGUUGGCGGAGUGGUCGAGUUGGCAGAGUUGGCAGAGUUCAAGGCUUCCAACGAGGACAAAAUGGCACAAACUCAGUCUGCUAGCAACAAGCAAAGUUCAGAUAACCCGAGCAGCAAAACAGAACCGUGGAGGCCCUUUCAGAGGCCUGAGUUCAUAAGCACAAGUCACUUAAGAGAGAUAUCUCGUCUAGCGUAA